AUGAACCGAACUCAGUUACCCAUCCUUAAUCAGUUGCAGCAAAACGGUUUCAUCAAUGAUGUAAUCACCUUUGAUCAUGAGCGAUAUCCAAGAUUUUGGGAUGUAGCCAUCAACUCCGGUCAAUACGGUUGGAAAACAGGCAUCAUCAACGAUGCUCGUAUCAAAUACGGUGGGGUGCUCAUUUGGCUUGAUGCUGGUAACCAAGUAACAGAAGACUUCAUCUUAAAUAUUCAUCAUACCGUCAAAAGUGAACCUUUUCACGGCUUUUGGUCCCCCAAGAGUGCCUAUGGUAUGGGCAAAUGGACCCACCCGGGCAUGUUUAAAUACUUUGGGGCCGAUCCUAAAGAAUACAGAUACAAACCCAAUUGUAACGGUGCCGCACUUGGCUUUGAUACAACAAACAAUACCAUUGUCGACUCGCUUAUCUUGCCUUGGUUCGAAUGUGCCUUAACUAAAAACUGUAUUGCACCUCCAGGUUCCAGUAGAGAAAAUCAUCGUCAGGAUCAGGCUGCUCUGACCUAUCUUGUCUAUCUCAACGGUCAUGAAUGUAGAAUACCACCCAGAGACUUUUAUAAAUUACAGAUCCAUCGUGACAUUACAUGUAAAGUCAACCUAGUAGAAUUAGAGAUCCUGGGCAACCUGCAUCAUCCUUCAUCCAUUGAUUCACCCAAGUGGGAACGUAAUGACACUGUAGCAUUAUACAAUCAUCCGGAGUGGAAAUACGAAGAGGACAAGGUGCCUGUAAAUAUACGAAGACCUUCCACACCCUUAUUAUUAUAA